UGUGUAUAGUCUCUUUUGAGUCCAUCAGCAGCGACCGUGAAGACGAUGAAGUCGAAGGGAGGAGAUUAGCGAAUUUGAGAGAGAAACCCUAAUCUUUUAGUUCAGUCCCAUUUUCACCGGCGCGAGCCAUAGUUGAAUCAUGUCUUGGUUUCCUGUAGAAUCUGAUCCUGGUGUGUUCACUGAGAUUAUACAACAAAUGCAAGUGAAAGGUGUGCAGGUUGAGGAAUUGUAUUCUUUGGACAUUAACUCUCUUGAUGAAAUAAGACCUGUAUAUGGAUUGAUAUUGCUUUACAAGUGGCGUCCAGAGGAAAAGGAUAGUCGUGUUGUCAUCAUGGAACCAAACCCGAAUUUCUUCUUUGCAAGCCAGAUAAUCAACAAUGCUUGUGCCACCCAAGCGAUGUUAUCGGUUCUCUUGAACUCUUCGAGUAUUGAUAUUGGCUCAGAACUAUCAGAGCUGAAAAGAUUCGCCAAAGAAUUUCCACCUGAACUGAAAGGUUUAGCCAUCAACAACAAUGAGGCGAUACGUGCAGCUCACAACACAUUUGCCAGGCCCGACCCAACUUCCACCAUGGAAGAAGAUGAAUUAGCUGCUGCCAAAAAUGUAGAAGAAGAUGAUGAUGUGUAUCAUUACAUCAGCUACUUACCUGUCGAUGGUAUCUUAUAUGAGCUCGAUGGUCUUAAAGAAGGACCCAUUAGUCUUGGACAGUGUCUUGGUGAGCCAGAAGGAAUCGAGUGGCUCAGAAUGGUCCAACCUGUGGUACAAGAGAGGAUUGACAGAUAUUCGCAGAAUGAGAUUCGGUUUAGUCUCUUAGCUGUAGUUAAGAACAGGAAAGAGCUGUAUGUAGCUGAACUGAAAGAGUAUCAACGAGAGCGAGAGAGGAUUCUGCAGCAGUUAGGUGGUUUGCAAGCUGAUAAAUACGCUGAGAAAAGCAGUUAUGAGGCUCUCGAUAGAUCUCUUUCGGAAGUCAAUACCGGGAUAGAGACUGUUUCGCAGAAGAUUGUAAUGGAGGAGGAGAAAUCUAAGAACUGGAAGAAAGAGAAC